CUGCCUCCAGGAACUGAAUCCAUCCAUCUGUUGGAACGUUUCUUCUCUCGCAUUGUCCAAGACAAGCAUCCCAGAUGUGGCUGCAGCAGAGGCUUAAGGGAUUCCCGGGACUGCUGUCCAGCAGCUGGGCUCGGAGAGUCCUGGUGGUCUUGGGGUUCCUUUUCAUCAUCUACUGGUAUAUCUCCUCUGGACCAGCAUAUAGAUCCUUGUGGUUCUCGGCUCAGCCUCGAGGUGCUCCCGGAGCUUGCCUACAAGCCCAGACUAAGCAAUGGAAGGCGCUUUCUGAGAAGGGGGACAUAGUGAUGGUUUCCUAUCCUGGCGAAGACUCAAAACUGCAAGGCCCAGCUACGGUUGGCAACGGACUUUUUCUCGUUGACGUUCAGAAAAAUAACCUGUGGGUGUCAUCUUCUUCUGUAUCGCUUCACUUGUCGGACUAUCCCCCGCUGACCUUCGUAAAGCAUUCAGGUGUCUCAGCGGAAGUCCACGCCAGUGCCGUCUUCCUCAAGGAGGGUUUGAUACGGACGGUUCGCUGUUUGCAGAUCGAGGCGGCGGACUCCGCCAGAGACUGCGUUUCCGUCCGGGAGGACUUCUUUGCCCACAGAAGCCGCCCUCACGUGUACCUUCAGAGGAUCCACGUCGCCAAUCCGAGCGACAGAGUCGUGGCGUUCGAAAUCGCUACUCAGAAGCCGCUCGCUGGAGCAAAAUUUUCCAGCAGCGUGGAGAAGGUCCAAGACCGACAGUUUCUUCUGUCCUCCGGACGCGUCUCGUUAGAAGAUGGGAAAAGUAUGCUGGUGGUGGUUGCCACCAAAAAGGUGGUCGGCAGGGUGCAAAUCAGCCCGAAAUCCGAGUUUGAUGAGACGUUUUUGUCCGUUAUUUACACUUCUGAGGCCAUUGAUUCUGGAAAACUGGAAGAGACUUUUAGCAAGUUACGGGAGGCCGCCAAGAAGGAGAUGGUGGAAGUGAUGCGGAUGAGGGCGGAGGACCUGUUUAAUGAGCAUCAGCAGAUAUGGUCUGAUUUGUUUGUUUCAGGAAUUGAGAUGAUAAAGAUCAAAGAUGCUCACACUCCCACCAGUGACACCAUCAACAUCACUCUUUACUACAUGCUGUCCUGCUCUCCAGCACCUCUUGUGGACCCUCUUAUAAGCAACGAGGAGCGGGAAAAGAUGGAGCUGACGCUUAAUUAUGCCGACCACUGUUUUAGCGGCCAUGCCAGCAUGCAUGCCGAAAAUCUCUGGCCAAGCAAGCUUGGGGGGAUCACCCAGGUUCUCCAGCUCUGGGACCUAUGGAAGCUGACCUUACAAAAGAGAGGCUGCAAAAGCCUCGUAGCGGCCGGUGCCCACGGACUCAUGCAGGGGAUGAUACUUAGCUUCGGUGGCCUGCAGUUCACGGAAAACCACCUACAGUUCCAGUCUGACCCGCACGUCCUUCACAACAGCUACGCUCUCCGAGGAAUACGCUACAACAAGGACCUUAUCAAUCUCGCUGUCCUGCUCGAUCAGGACGAAAAGCCAUACCUUCACGUGUCCGUGAAGUUCCAGGACAAGCUGGUGAAACUGUACGCCUGCGAGGCCGGGUGUUUGAACGAGCCGGUGGAGCUGACGUCGGAGAUCAGAGGACAUAUUUUCCCCGUACUGGUGACUCAGCCGUUAACGCCAUUGCUGUAUAUCUCCACGGAACUGACGCAUCUGCAGGACUUGAGGCACACCUUGCACCUGAAGGAGAUCUUGGCCCACGAAGAGCACAUGGCCAAACAGUAUCCAGGGCUGCCCUUCCUCUUCUGGUUCAGCGUGGCUUCUUUGAUCACACUUUUCCACCUGUUCCUGUUUAAGCUGAUCUACAAUGAGUACUGUGGCCCCGGGGCCAAGCCCCUCUUCCGGAGUAAGGAAGAUGACACUUUAUGAGCGAAAA